AAGAAGCGGAAGAAGAAACUGCGUCUGUCAACACAGUCCUUCAACAUAGGGACUGGACCUCGGCGUCUCUAUGAAACACUUUCCCUUUUAAUUUCCUCUCAGUAAUCUUCAAAAUGACCAAACUGCAGCUGUUAAACGCGUAUCUUACGGAGCGCUUAGGUGAAGUGGUCCGCGAGAUCUUGGAUGUGGUGGAGGACACGGUGUCGGAGUACCGGGACGAAACCGCUCGGACCCGCCGGGAGAACGACAGCCUACGGAGACAGCUGCGAGACGCCGUGCUCCUGGCCAAGACGGACUUAUUCGGGUCGGCCCAUGCUGACGAGGUCUCUGCCGUCAGGCACGUGGAGUGGACACCUGCAGUGCCUCAGGACCCCAGACUAAGCCCCGCCCCGCCUAGUGUGGGUCCCAGGGUCAGAGGGGAGGGGUCAGAGGUCGCUGCCAAGGCGGAGCCAAACGCAGAGGCACCGAGGUGGGCGGGGUCAGGGAGCUCACCGGCACGUCGCCAAGGAGACCCGAUAACCUUCGACCCCCAGAUCAAAACUGAGCCUGAGGAGGCAGACAUCACUGUCACCAUAACAACGGACAUGAUCCCCAUGACAACAGACUCUGCAGCACCCCCUCACACUGACAGCAGCCUCGCGGCGCAACCCCAGCACACACACACACACACACACUGGGCCCAGCACACACACCAGACGCAGCACACACACACACACACAACGCAGAACACACACAGUGCAGCGCAGCACACACACACACACACACACACGGACCCCGCCCUGUCGGAGAGCAGCGGCAGGCGUGGCGCGGAGGGACAGACGGACAGCGGCGGUGUGUGUGUGUCUGCGGAGCGCGAGCGUACGCGUGCGUCGGCCUUCCAGUGCGGCGUGUGUGGCGAGGUGUUUGCGGGGCGCGAGGCCCUCCUGCAGCACCAGCGCAGCGGCGGGCACCGGCGCCCCUUCGGCUGCGAGUGCUGCGGGCGGCGCUUCACCCAGUCGGCGGACCUGCGGCGGCACAUGCGCACCCACACCGGGGAGCGCCCGCACCAGUGCCACCUCUGCCACAAGAGCUUCUCACAGAUCGGCAACCUGAGACGGCACCAGCGCACACACACACGCACACACCCCUUCCGCUGUUGUCCACCUGGCGGCGGUAAGCUUUUAUACAGUUACUGUUACUUCCUCAGUGGUGGCGGUGUAGAAGAAGAAGUACAUCAACAACAAACUAGCAGCGUUGAAAAUAUCCGUGUGGUUCUGGUGGCUGGGUACCGUAGCCGUUUCAACAUGAGCAGUCAGCCGCUGCUUACCGGCGCCUUCCUGAGCCAGAGACUCGUGGCCGCCGUGGAGGAGGUCAUGGAGCUCGCGAGGGCCACGGUGAUCCAGUACGAGCAGGAGAGCACGCAGAUCCGCCGGGAGAACCAGCUCCUUCGGAGCAAGCUCGGGGAAGUCACCGCCGGACUCCCCCCGGAGGCGAACGUAGAGAACUCCCCAGACUGGGACGACUGGACCUCUAGUCUAGCCCAGCAGCACCAGCAGCACCAGGGCUCUGAUGACCUGGACCUGGACCUGGACCUGGCCUAUCACCAGCAGCAGGACCUGAGCGGGGCGGGACAGGACCCGGGCCAGAGCGAGCAGCAGGGCGUGACCUUUAACCCCGCCCCCCCAGACCCCCCCACAGCGCUGCUCACUUCCUGCAUCACCGUCAAGACGGAGUGGGCCAACGACACCCCCGAACUCAACAGCCAAUCACAGCCAAGCAGAGCGAGUGAUGUCAUGACGGAGUUCCUCCUCACGAGAGCCAUCAUCAAAGAGGAGUCGGAAGAGGCGAGUCUGUCCGCGGAACUCCAGCCGGUCGCCGUGGAGACCGUGCACAUCCAGCACCACGGGCCGCCCGUCGCCGAGCUGGACUCGGUCGCUAUGGAAACGGUGCACUUUGAUCAGCGUCGUCGCGCCGACUGCUCGGUCUCUCCUCCUCGCGUCACGUCCUGCGCCGCUGCUGGCCUCCAGACCACAGGGGGCGCCAAACCAAAUGCCUCUCACCUCCAUGCCUCCCAGCGAGCCUCAGUCUCACUGCAGCCCCCCCACCCCACUCCUCGCCCCCCCCACCCUGUCGCUGGUGCUCAGUGCUCUUCUCACCUGCUGCCACCAGGGGGCGCUCUGCUCUCCCACAACACCCCAGCAGCCCGGCAGCGCCUCCCCCUCUUCACCGCUCCGGGCCGAGUCCCCCCCGCUCUUCCUCCUCAGCGUCACCGUGGCAACCCCGCGGCAGCCACGUCGCCAUCAUCAUCAUCCGCCGCCGCCGCUGCGGUCGCCCGCGGCCACCACCCGAAGGCGAGGUGCGUCGCGGUGUCGUUUCCGUGCCAACAGUGCGGCAAGCUGUUUGUGCACCGCUCGCGGCUGAAGGUGCACAUGCUGAUCCACACGGGCGAGAAGCCGUACGCGUGCCUGCGCUGCGGCAAGCGCUUCAACAACGACGGCACGCUGAAGAACCACCAGCGCGUCCACACCCAGCUGCGCCUGCACAGCUGCACGCUCUGCGCCAUGCGCUUCAAGGACGCCUACACCUGCCGCAAGCACCUGGCCACACACACGCGCCGCGCACAGCAGGCGCAGGACCUCACACACAACACACACAACAAAACAUCUCUACAGCUGUCCAUCAUGUAG